AUUACUAUUUUAAUAAAAUAUUUUUUUAGUCGCAACGAAAACACGCGAAUGUCACUUGUACUUCGAAGUAUUACAAACAAUUAAAAGACAAUCUAAAAUUGGGAGAAUGCUCCUAAAUUUAAAAAUACACAUAAUUUUAUAGUAAAGUUAAUAGUGUGUAAAUGAAGUGUUUUUCGUCAAAUCUUAUAAAAUUAAAUUAUAAUAACGUAAAUAAACUAAUGAACAAUUCCAAAUUAUAAUUUUGAAGUGUGUGAAAAGGGUCUAAAAUACUAAUUUAUGUGACUUGGUAACUCUGUCCAGUCGUCAUCAGCUCAGCAACUAUCAUUGAAAAGGAAACGGCAAAAAACGAACAAAAUUUGCAAAGCAAAUUGGUGUCGGAUUCGAUUUAUUUGGAGCUCGGAGCUACUAAAGGAAAAGAAUUCAAUAUUUGUCAAUAUUGCUGAAUAAUUGCUGCUAAAAUAUUACAAAAUCCAUAUAUUAUUACAAAGCAAUUAUCUGUUUAAAUUUUGAUUGAAAGUUUGAAAAGAAAGGCAAAAGCAAAAAAGAGACUGAAAGGGAACAGCAAAAAAAUUGCAGAGCCGCAAUAUUUCUAGUUAGUCGUAAAAGGUGAUAUUCAGCCAAAAAAAAGUAUCCUUUAGUUGCGACCAUUGAAUGCAUGGGGCGUGAACUCGACAAGCUGGUUGUGUAUGCACUCAAAUGUGGAGUUACAAAGUUUAUGGAGGGUGAAGAGGUGUCAGUAUAGUCGCAUCAUUGAUAUGAGGGAAAUUCACAUUUCGUUAUGCUAAAUUGACUAAAAACUCGACUAUUUGAGAAUUAUGAAAACAAGCAUUACAGCUGAUAAAAUUAGAGUGUUAUGGAGAGUCCUUGUGAAUCGGAAAGCUCCCUAGACGGAGGUACUAUGCUUCCACCCAGUCCAGUGUCGCGAGAGCAGUUGCAAAAACGCAUCGAAUCAUUGACACAACAAAAUAAAGUACUCAAGGCUGAACUAGAUACAUUUAAGAUUAAAUGCAAAGUGGUGCAGGAGGAGAAUCGUACACUCAAGCAAGCAUCUGUUAUAAUCCAAGCGAAAGCGGAACAGGAGGAGGAGUACAUAUCGAAUACACUUCUAAAGAAAAUUCAAGCCUUAAAGAAAGAGAAGGAGACUUUAGCACACCAUUACGAACGUGAAGAGGAGUGCUUAACCAAUGAUUUAUCGCGUAAAUUAGAUCAGCUACGGCAAGAGAAAUGCAAGCUAGAGCAAACUCUCGAGCAGGAGCAGGAAUGUCUUGUAAACAAGCUAAUGCGUAAAAUUGAGAAGCUACAAGCCGAAACAGAUAAUAAACAAACCAACUUAGAGCAAUUGCGUAGAGAAAUGGUGGAAUUAGAAAAUACAUUGGAACAAGAACAGGAAGCCUUAGUUAAUAAACUUUGGAAACGUAUGGAUAAACUAGAGACCGAAAAGCGUUUGUUGCAAAUUAAACUGGAUGAACCAGUUUCCGAUCCAACUACACCACGUGAUAUAACCAAUGCCAAUGGUGACACUGCCUCUAAUUUAAGCGCUCACAUACAGACUUUACGUUCCGAAGUAGUACGAUUGCGUUCCAAUCUGGCGGCAGCACAAAAGGAGGCCACUAUAAAAUUACAACAAUUUGCACAAGAAGAGAAGAGCAUACGCGAAGAAAAUGCACGUUUACAGCGCAAAUUGAAACUGGAAGUAGAACGACGUGAAGCACUCUGUCGCCAUUUGUCCGAAUCGGAAUCAUCGCUUGAAAUGGAUGAGGAACGAUUCUACAAUGAAAAUCUAUUAGGCACCGUUGGCACCGCUGGUGGUUUGGGAAAUGCAGUUGCUGGUGCUGUGAACACACGUCAACGCACGAUUAGCAGCCCGGUAUCGCAUAGUCCAUCGAAUAGCCGACCACUUAGUCCAGGUUCAGUACACCAGAAUCGCUGUUAUGCCUGUGGUCAAAUUGUGAAUCGCCGUGCCAGUGAACGUUUCAUUAAACCAGCAUUACCCACACCCAUGCUGGGUCUCAACACUUCAGCUCCUAAUGUGCUCAGUGGCAGUUCGCUUUUGGGCACAGCUGUUAGUGGUGGCGGCGGUAGCGGUGGCGGUACAAAUCCCAGUUUAACUGGCGCCGCUUUAAACUCUUCCACGCUUUUUGGCGGCACUGGUGGUUUCUUACAGAAUUUGAAUGCAGAACGUUUAAGUAUUGGCGGCGGUGCGAGUGGCAGUGCCGCAUUGCUCAUAAGCAAUAAUGGCAGCAACAACAUGGGUUUGGGCAUCAGCGGCUCUACUACUAUAAACAGUGGCACUGCGUCACUGCAGCAGGCUUCCAAUCCAAUGAAUAUUAGUAUCAAUAAUUCGUCCACUAAUCUAACGAAUAGCAUGAAUACCAGUAAUUUGUCGUUGUCUGCAUUUACGCCAACAAACACCAACUCAUCCACUUCUUUUGCACAGCCAGCCAGUCCUAUGGAUACGUCCGUAUAUAAGGAGUAAAAAAAAAAAACAGUGUCAGUGAUUAAAUUUUUUUCUUAAACAGCAGAACUGCAGAGAUAGAAAACAAAUUACCGCAAGAAAACAAGAAAACUGUUAUUUCGAUUAUGGAAUGAAAUGGAUUUCGAAUUGACUUGAACGUUAUGAUUAUUAUUUUUUUUUAAGAAUUAUCGGUUUACUUCAACAUUUAGUUAAACUGGUCGAGAUAUUAGAUUAUGCAAACGUAUGAAAGACGAAUAGCUCGCUAAAAAAAUAUAUAUAUGAUUAGUUAGAAACACGAGCAUUAUAAUAAUAAAUUUAAAAUGUACUAUAAAUAAUGACCAGCAACUGAUUUUGCAACAGAUAUGGUUAAAAUGGCGAAAUGUUACAUUUCAAGGAUAACCACAACGAUUUAAACAUAAACAAAGAUUUACCUGUACGUACUACAUUACAACAAUCAACGCUCACUCGCUCAUUAACUAUAACUUCUUGCUGCAUACGCAAAGCAUGCAUACAUACAUACGCAUACAUAUAAUAUAUGGAAUAUGCUACAUUAGCUUAUAAAGAAAUAAACGCAUUAAUUUGCUCAAAUUCCAGCAGCAAUAUGAAGAAUACUUAAGCACUCAACGAAAAUUUGGAACAUUGUGUUUGUACCGGCGACAUCUACUACGCACACACACACCUACCCGUAUAUGUAAAUACCUACAGCAAUUUGAAAUUUACUUAAGCAAUGCAGACGUAAUAGUGCAUUUUCCCCCAAUUAAACUGGUAUUUCCAUAAAAUAAUAGCGAUAUUUGGUAGAUGUGUGUAUUUAGUGAAUUUGAUUUUUGUAAUUUGAUUUGCUACACUCAAUUUACCUACUACCUAUAUAACUAUAGUCUACCGCAAACAAUACAAUUAUAAAUAUAACUCAAAUUUCAAGGUAGUCCUUGAGUUAUAAAGGCAUACAUACAUACAUACAUUGUAUAAAUAGCAGCAGCAAAUCACUGUUAUGGAGUUGAAAAAAAUAUAUAAACAUUAGAGUGUCCGUUAUUUCCAAAUUGAUUGUUUUUUUUUUAUCAUUCCUUUGAAGUUAUACACAGUCAAAGUUAUACGUCAAAUGUACUGAACUUUCACACAAGUGAUUUAAAUAUUCUGUGUUGCUCAUACGACAUGGAGUACUGUAUGAACGCAUUACAUAUGAUGGAUAGCUUUAACUGCACAUAACUUCAAAAGAAAUGCUUUUUAAAAAAACCAAAUAUUGACUAUUUUUUAAAGAGCGUAACAUUUUUUAUUAGAAUAACGUGGAAAAAGUUAAAUGAUUUAGGCAUUGUUGAAAAUAAAGAGCUUGUUUACUUUGCAUUCUUUAUUUCAUUUUUUAGAGCAAAAAUUGAAACUUCAGUGAGUGUUUACAAAAAAUAUCAAUCAACGUGGGAAAUAACAGACACCCUAAUAUACAUAUGUGCAUAUAUAGAGGCACUUGGGGAUUUGGUCGAAAGUGCAUGCAAGCCAAUCAAUUGCUUAAUAUUUCGCGAUUUUUGAAGUUUAUUGAUGGUGCAAGUAAGGCAAAUAGUUUACACGCAUUCAAAAGUAUAUAAGAAUUUAAUUUUUAAUACACAGAAAAUUAUAAAUAAGACAAAAACAAAUAUAACAAAAUACAAAAAAUAAGAAAUAAUUUAUCGAUGAAUUUUUGUCCAUUUUAUGAGAAAAAAAAAAAACAAACUGCAGCGUGCACAUUGUAGUAAAUCUACUAUGAAAAAUUAAUAUGUAUGCAUAUAGAACUAAAAAAAAGUAUAGCAAGCAAACGGUGUGAUGUCCGAAUAACAACAUAUAUUUUAACGUCAUUACGAUUUGAACAAAUCGUAACGUGAUUGAAUUAUUUAAUUAAACUUAUUUUAAAAGCAAAUUGUAUUUUACGUUUAUUUAAAACAGCAGCUGAAGUUAUCGGUUUAAAACAUAAACUUCGGAUUUUUUCUGCUUGUCACCUAAACUAAAGAAAUAAAGUUUACAUGUAAUGGAAAAUAAUGCAAAA